UAAUAAAUACUUUGGAGUAAUUCGUAAACCCUUCCCAUACGAUCAUUUCUGGGGUUUUUGCUGAAGAAGAGAGAGUAAAGAACGCAAACAGUGGUGGAAAAGUUCUAGAAGGUUGUAACAAUGGCCUUCAUGAGUAAAGUUGGGAAUCUGCUUAGGCAGAGUGUGAGCAGGAAUAUUAAUUCAGAUUUGUGUGGAUCCAAUCCAUCUAUUUUUCAAGCAAUAAGGAGCAUGUCAUCUUCCAAAGUCUUCGUUGGAGGGUUAUCUUGGAAUACUGAUGAGACAUCCCUGAGACAAGCUUUCGCUGAUUGUGGAGAAAUUAUUGAUGCAAGAGUCAUCAUGGAUCGUGAUUCGGGAAGAUCUAGAGGCUUUGGAUUUGUGACUUACACAUCUACUGAGGAGGCUUCUAAAGCCAUCAGUACUUUCGACGGACAGAAUGUUGAUGGUCGAACGGUGAGAGUGAAUUAUGCAACCGAACGAGCACCCCGAAGCUUUGGUGGGGGUGGCUAUAACAGUGGGGGUGGCUAUAACAGCGGGGGUGGCUAUGGCUAUAACAGUGGUGGAGGUAGCUAUAACAGCGGUGGGGGUGGCUAUAAUAGUGGUGGGGGUGGCUUCAACAGCGGUGGGGGAUAUGGUGAUGGUGGUAACACUUAUGGUGGUGCUGGAGGUGGAGGUGGUUAUGGAAGUGAAAGCAGUGGUGGCGGAAAUUUUAGUGUUGCUGGUGGUGUUGGUGGCAGCGAAAGCAACUUUAAUGAUGGUGUAGGAGGUGGUGAAUCUGGUGAUAGCAGCUUUGCUAGUGGUGGCUACACAGGCAACACAGGAGGUUCUUUUGACCAGACAGGUCCCUUGGAAGGGAGUUUCAAAGAUGAUGAUGGCCAGCCAGAUGACUAUGCCAACAGGCAAGCUUGAUGCAAAAUCACUUCGGGGCAGAAGAAUGGACUGUGAGUUAGAGAGAUGUUAGAACGGUCUUCCGUGUUUUAUGCAUGUAAAGAAACUUACUAAGUGGGAUGUUCUUUUCUUUGUUUUGCAUUCUGGACCUUUUUUAAUUGAACUUAGAAGUCAAUAACUCGUGUUUGUUAGGUUGCAUACAAAGAUGCUUUGUAAUAAGCUUUUCAACUCGGGUACACUUUUUUAAGUAGCUAUUUUUAUUUCUACCUGCAAGUAACAACAGCCUUUAUAUGUGAACUUUAGAUAUCCGUAGUGGCUGGUUCGUUUUUUGAAGUUCACAGAGUUGAAAGCAGAAAUAUUGUAAUUGUUAUAUCAGGCAACCGUAAACUUUAUGUCA